AUGAAUAACACAGAAAACAUUAAAGAUAAUAAUAAUUUUAUUCACCAAAUUAAAAUUUAUAAUUGUAUUACUCCACAAGUCAAAAGAAGGCUAGCAUUAAUCCCAUCUGCAAAUAAUCCAAAUCGAAGUAAACAAAUGAGUACAGAUAAUUCAAUUCAUAUUGAAACAGAACAGUCGUCGGAAAAAGAAGGACAUUCGCUGUCUCUUUUAACUUCUGCGCAGUUGGGAACGACGAGUGCAACUAAGGAAAGGGAGGCAAGCGAAGGAACAAAAUUAUCACCAGUAACGGCAUCGAAACCUCUGACUUCUGUACAACCUUCAACGGUGCUUGCAACUAAGGAACAAGGUGGAGAUAAUAGGAUGGGGGAAGAUGAAACAUCAGAUUUUGAUAAUUUUAUUGAAGAAAAAUUUACGUUAUUUGAUGGAACACAAGAUGUAAAACAAUGGUUGAGAGAAACUGAGAAAAAAUUUCAUGAACUUAAAUUAAAUAAAUAUGACAGAUAUUUAGCUGUACCAUUACUAGUAAUCGAUGAUGCAAAGUAUUGGUAUAUUACAAUUCGUAAUCCGAUUAAUAGUUUCGAUGAUUUUUAUGAACGAAUGCUAAUUAAAUUUGAUAAAUCAAUGAAACCAGCAGUGGCAACAAUAGUUUCCGAAAUAACUCAAACCAGAGAAAUUCAAACUGAAAAAACAGAUUUUGAAUCGAAGCGUACGAGAUCUUUGGGAAGAUUUAAAUCACUAGAAUCACAUGAAUUACCACAUCCAAUUCAUCAUAGUACUACGCGUUUUGGUACAGCUCGGAAGAGCGUGUUGCCAGUAGAAAGUGUAGCAACUACAGCUAUAGCUGCAGAAGAAAGUGACAAAUCUUUUGGUACAGCUCGAAAGAGCGUGUUGCCAAUAGGAUCUUCACAUACUGAUACCAUGACGUGUCAACCAUUAGUAACAUUUGAAACAACAAAUAUUUCAAAACUUAAUGAAUUAGAUCAAACAGCAGCUGAUCUUCGUAAACUAGUAAUGGGAAAAAUGAUCAACAAUCAGAAAAAUGUUUCUGGAGCAACGGGUAAAAACGAAGAGGUUGGAAAAUGGUUAGUAGAAGUUGAUAAACAGUUUGAUAAUGGUGAUAUUCAAGACUCUAAAUUAGCGUAUCGAAAAUUGGAAAAAUACACACAAACUGGUACACAAAGUAUCAAAAAUUAUUAUGCUGAAAUUAUUCAAAUAUUCAAAGAACCAGACCCACGUAUGUCUGAGCAUGAAAAACUACGAUAUCUUUUCAAAAAUAUGAAAUCGUCGUUACAAUAUGAAGACCCGAUAAGUCAGUCGCAAAGACGGUACGUGGAUCAAGCAAUCAACAACGAGGAUGAAGAUUCUGCUGUACCAUCGGACGACCGCUACGAUCAAAAUAAUCAGAGUCUGAAACAAACAAUUUUGAAUGAAUAUAAACCUUUGUGUUUGGAACAAUCGAAUGUAUCACAACUUGGUUUUUCUGUAUCACAAUUAAUCUUGAAUAUGUCAGCUUCACGCAUCAACAACGAAACAAAAGAUAUGAUUAUCCAACAAAUGUGCAAUGUAAUGGAAAAAGCCUGUAUCCUACCGAAUGCCGCAUGUUAUGUUGAAAAUAUCCGAUCGGGGUUGGGUAGUAAUCAUUUGCGGCAGCAAUUUUUGGCUGAUCGCAUGAUGAUGAUUAAACCUAAACCUAUUUUUCUUGGUUUCAAGUUUCACCGUGCAAGUGGCAAAAAAAAGCAAAAACUAUGGAAACCGUGCAAGGCUUAUUACGUUCCGUUCAAAGAAUCAUUAAAACAAAUAAUAGCAACUCCGGAAUUACAAAGCAUAAUGGAACGUCGAUUGCAGCAGACCAAGCCGACAACAACUUUAAAAAUCGACAUUACCGAUGGAUCUAUCGGCCAAGAACAUCCGGAUUUGAGAGAGCCACAGAACUUAAAGUUACAUCAGGUUAUUAUCGAAUUUCGUUACAUCGAAUUUCGGACAUUAAACGUCUACAAAAUGGCAUCGAAUGAUGAGAUAACGCAGAAGGGAAAAAAUGAACGUCAGAAAGAAUAUGGUAUCGUCACGAAAUCACCAUUGACAAAAAUCGAACGUCACGAUAUUUUUCAACAAACUGGGCUUGACGUCAUGCAUGUGUACUUGGAAGGGAUAUGUCGACUACACCUACGCUUACUAUUUCAGAACAUCAUCGAUGCAAAUCUGACAACAUUAUCGAAAUUGUCGAACAUUGUACGGGAUUACGCAUAUCCACCUCCUUCUUCUCGUCCGUCAUCCGCGUUCGAAAUUAAAGAUCUGUCGGGUUUAAUGCCACUCACAGCAGCGGAAAUGUUAACAGUGUGUAAACACUUACCGUUUGUUCUAAACCGUCUAUUAAAUAGAGAUCCGUCAUGUAUCAAACAAUGGUUUUGUUUCAUCCUAUUACAAGACAUAUUGUCAUUCAUGUUUGCCUCCGAAUAUGACGACACGAGUAUUAAACAAUUAGAAUUAUUGUUAAAAUUAUACUUCAAAAAAUUCAACGAGUUUUAUCCGCGGAAUGCAAUACCAAAGUUGCAUUUCACAACUCAUUUGAUGAAUCAAGUCAAAUGUUUAGGUCCACCGCGAUAUUGUUGCUGUUUUUCAUUCGAAAAGAAGCAUUCUUUCUUCAAACGUUUGAGUACACGUAAUUUUAAGAAUCUGUCGUGGACUCUUUCAUCCAAACAUCAAGAAUGGCAAUGUUCACAAUUCGUCAAUAACGAGGGGCAUCUGUCUGAUAAAACAUUUCGCAAACAACAUCAAAUCCGCCAUCUGAAACAAGUGAAUAGCGAUAAUUAUCCGUUGGAUAAUAAAAUUGAUCCAUCAUCUCCGUUAUUUCAAGCGACCACAAGCAUCAAUAUCUACGGAUUAAGAACGAAAAAAAUAUUUGGCUCUGUAAAAUAUGGUACAAAAACGUUUCGAUUAGAAACCACUAUUGACGAAACUACAGAAAUCGAUCAUCUUCGGAAUUUUUUGUUGAAAAAAUGUCACGUGCAAUCCAUCGAUAAAAGCAAUGAAAAUAUUCAAAUACAAUUAUUUGAUCGUGAACUCCAAGAGUUUAUCGAAUUCGAGUCACUUUGUCAACUAUUUCCAUCCUCGCAAGAGAUGUUCUCAUCAGCAAAUAUGUCUGUAACAUCGUUUAAAGUUACAGACCAUCGACAAAAUGAUUAUAUACUGAAAGAAACACUCAAUAAUUCUCAAGAACUCAUGGAAACCAGGGUCUUGGAUGAUGCUAAGGAUGUUGACGAUAUGAAUGACAAUGAAAAUGUUCAAGAAAUUUUUGAAAGCAAAGAGUCUCGAAAAAUCGAUGAGAACAAAACAAAAGCUGGUGGUGAGGAUCGAUAUCGGGUUCGAACAAAACAAUACUUACCGAAAAUAUUAAUUUUACCAACAAUACCAAAGCACAUCGAAGACACUAUUAGAAACGGUAAACUAGCAAGUGUUAUGAAGCAUGUGAUCAAUUACUAUGCUGAUUUUUUUCUCGAUUACAAUGUCUCUUGUCAAGCUCAUUACAAAAGAAUAACAAAAGCGUUCUUUGAACAGUGUGGAUUAGAUGCUGUCAUACAAAGAGAUUUAAUGACGAAUUUUCGAACACGACUGUCACAAAAGUUGCGAAAACUACGCGUUGCCGAAAUAAAAACGUCGAAUCAGCGCAAGCAGGUCGAUUUAGAUGCGCGGCUCAGUGUUCUGCCGACAGAUAUGACAGCCGAUGAAUGUAUUCAUCGAUUAAAUGAGAUCCAUAACAACAGCGUACCCGAAACAGAAGCAGCAGAAUUUCAACGCCUAGUUAUCCAAAGUUUUCAACAUCGUCGACUCCUUAUUACAACUGGUUCCACAUACACAUUUGAUGAAUUAUCCUCUCUGUAUGGUUUUAUGUCAGAUCCGUUGUUUAUUCGUGUUGAAUUUGAAUUACUUGAGAAAAUCGCAUUUGGAUCAGCUGUACGGAAUGUGAAAAUGUUAAUCGAAAAUACUUGUCUAUCAUUCGGUAAAGAGCUUAGUGUAACUGGAGAAAUUGAAGCCUUAAAAAAACUAGCAGAUUUUAGUAGAAGUUCCAUUCCUAUUGUGACAGCCGAAGUACGUAACUUCGUGAACCUUCGCCAUGAUUCUAUUUGCCCUAUAUUCCUAGAUUACUGUCGAUGAUUUAAACGGGAUCGAGAGAGAAGUAGAAAAAAGAACAAAACAUUUAUAUCCACAUAUUUUGUUCUUUGAGAAAGACGGUCAAAAUCAUCUCAUUAUCCUCUAUGGUGAUAUAAUAAAAAUCGUCGAAGAAAAUGCUCGUUCGUAUAUUUUCUCUUCAUCCUUUCUUUCCGCAAGCAAUUGCUUUUUCAUGUUCUAGAGUCUCUAGUUGAGACAAUCUGCUAUCUCAU